AUGGAGAGUUCUGACGAGUCUAUAGAAGAUGUCUUCCUCCAAGAUGACCUUGGCCCGUCUAUCGCAGAACAUGCGGCCCAGUGCCAAUCUUUGAUUCACAAGUAUAUGGACAUGACGGAAAUCGUACCAGAUCCUACUAUCAUGGACGACCAGCGGGCACGCUUUUCCGGAUGGGUGUUUGACAGCGAUGUCUACAGACCGCCAAAUGUUUCAUUGGACUACAAACUGCGUUUCAGCCCCACGGCCGUCGAUAGCAUACAUGAGCUCCUGGAUAUCAUCCGCGACACCUUGUUAUCGCGUGACAGGAAGAGACAGCGUACAAACUUGGAGAUCACGAGGAGAGGCAACGAUGAUGCAAGCGAUUCAGACAGCGACGCAGAUCCAGCAGAAGAGAAUAGAGUCAAGAUCGUUAAGGAUAUCGGCGGAACAAUCACGCGCCUCAACCGUCUGUCCAAAGCCGCUCGCGAGUCCGCCAAAGCCAACCGGGCUCGCAAGAUCGAAACCUACAAAAAUGACGAAGAGGCCAACAAGGCAAUAGACGAGUUACGUCUCUACACCAAAAGCUACAUAGAAUUUCGAUAUCCGAAGGCGACGGAGGCUCUCCGUUCAGCAUUGGUAGAAGCUAAUGCGGUACGACUUCGACGCAUGUAUUAUCAGCGAUCCCAUCGCAGGCGCAUUGAUCUGACUAUUCAACAGCCGCAAGCUAUUCCAUUGGCCGUCCAUCUCCCCAAAAUAACGGAAAAUGCCCCGGCUGUACGGUUUGCUCCGAACGUGCCGCCAAAGACUCCCGCAACUAGCAAAAUGGCGGCUGCAGUACCAGCGCCCGCAACCAAUGCGACCACUGCCCGACAAACCGCCGUUGCGGCUCUCUAUACCAACCCCACGACGGACAUUCCCGGGGCCAAAUCCGUUCUUAUCAACAACGGAUUGUGGUUUCCUCCAAUACCACUAACGCAGCAGUGCCCAUACUGCGGCGUGAUUGUUGAGUUCAAGAACACGUCCAGGUCGUUGCUUUCAUGUUGGGAGUAA